AUGGCCGGCGGCAUCCUCAGCCUGCCGGGCGCCGUGCUGCGCGUGGCAGGCCGCGUCGCCAGCCUGCCCGUCAAGCUGAUGGGCCUCGGGCUCAGCCGCCGCACCUGGACGCUGUUUUACACGGGAUACAUAGCCGCGCUGGUCGCCAAGCGGCUCGCGCGCGCGUGGCGGCGGCGGCGCGACGCAUAUGACGGCCUGGAUGGGCUGGUCUCCUUCUCCUCACGCCUCAUAGCCGCCGCCCGCGCCGCCGAGUCAGAGCGGGAGGACCGCUUCGUAUACGAUCCCCUCGCCUCCGUCCUCGCCGGCCGCAAGGCCCUGCAGCGCCACGGCCUCCGGCCCCGCAACGUGCUGCUUCUCGCCCGCUCAGCGCCGACCGCCGCCGCGGCGCCGGCCGGCUGGUCGCGCCUCGGCUCGGGCGAGCUCACGCGGGCGGCCGCGGCCGCAGCCGCCGCGUUCGCGCCGCCGGCGCGGCCGGUGCCGCGGCUCGCGAUGCAGACGCGGUUUUUCGACGAUGCGGUGCUGGCUGCGACGUGGGGGGCCGGCCGGGCUGCGCCGGACGCGCUGGGCGCGACGAGUGGGACGGUGGAGGCUCUGGCUGACGCGGGGCACGGGCCGUGCCAGCAGGUCGUCAUGCUCGGCGCAGGUGUCUCCAACGCGAUUUUUUCCAAGAUCGAGGCGAUUUUAGGGGGUUGA